CGCCAUGGCCGUCGAUUCCGACAGAGGUGAGGGGGAUUUGGAGAUUGGGCUGGCGUCGCCGGGGUCGGAGGGCGGGGUGUCGCCGCUGGGGAGGCGGGCGCUCGAGUCCUGCCUCUCCGGGAAGCGCCUGGACCAGUCGCAGUCCUCGCGCCUCUCCCGGCGGCCCGGCCUAGUCAUGUCCAGCUCCGGGAAGCGGCUGGACCAGUCGUCCUCCCCGGCGUCCCCCUCGCGCCCGGUGCUGGUCAUGUCCCACUCCAGCAACCGCCUCGACCACCACCCCUCGCCGUCGCCCGCCUCCUCCCCGACGCCCUCCAAGGGCCCGGCGCUCGUCAUGUCGCGCUCCAGCAACCGCCUCGACCACUCCCCGUCCCCGUCGCCCCGGGCCGCGCCGCCCGUGCUCGUGCUCUCCAACUCCGGGAAGCGCAUGGACCGCAAGAAGUACGUCAAGCAGGUCACCGGCCGCCACAACGACACCGAGCUCCACCUCGCCGCGCAGCGCGGGGACCUCGACGCCGUGCGCCAGAUCAUCGCCGAGAUCGACGCGCAGAUGACCGGCACCGGCGAGGACUUCGACUGCGAGGUCGCCGAGAUCCGCGCCGCCGUCGUCAACGAGGCCAACCAGGUCGACGAGACCGCGCUGCUCAUCGCCGCCGAGAAGGGAUUCAUCGACAUCGUACUCGAGCUGCUCAACCACUCAGACAAGGAUAGCCUUGCCAGGAAGAACAAAUCGGGGUUCGAUGCGCUGCACGUCGCCGCAAAGGAAGGACACCGAGAUAUUGUGAAGGUACUCUUGGACCAUGAUCCAUCCCUUGGGAAAACCUUUGGCCAAUCAAACGUUACUCCUCUGAUAACAGCGGCGAUCAGAGGCCACCUCGAAGUAGUGAACCUUCUGCUCGAGCGAGUUUCUGGGCUGGUUGAACUAUCAAAGGCGAACGGCAAGAACGCGCUGCAUUUCGCUGCCCGUCAGGGUCAUGUUGAAAUAGUUAAGGCUUUGCUAGAAUGCGAUCGUCAGCUUGCUCGGAGGACUGAUAAGAAAGGACAGACUGCUUUGCACAUGGCAGUUAAAGGAACAAGCGCCGGGGUUGUUAAAGCACUUGUCAACGCUGAUCCGGCCAUAGUCAUGCUACCUGACAGAAAUGGCAACUUAGCUUUGCAUGUCGCCACCAGGAAGAAAAGAUCAGAGAUUGUGAAUGAGCUUCUGCUUCUUCCGGACAUGAACGUGAAUGCGCUGACUAGGGAUCGCAAGACUGCGUUCGACAUUGCAGAGGCCCUUCCGCUAUCAGAGGAGUCUGCAGAGAUCAAGGAUUGUUUAUCCCGUGCUGGUGCAGUGAGAGCAAAUGAUCUGAAUCAGCCCCGUGAUGAGCUCAGGAAAACAGUGACUGAGAUCAAGAAGGAUGUACACACUCAACUUGAGCAAGCCAGGAAGACCAACAAAAAUGUAUAUGGCAUAGCAAAGGAGCUGAGGAAACUCCACAGGGAAGGCAUCAACAAUGCGACCAACUCCGUCACAGUCGUGGCUGUCCUCUUCGCUACAGUUGCAUUUGCUGCAAUAUUCACCGUGCCAGGCGGCAACAACGAGGAGGGCGUAGCGAUAGUUGUGCAUGCGGUAUCCUUCAAGGUCUUCUUCAUCUUCAAUGCCAUCGCUUUGUUCACAUCAUUGGCAGUAGUGGUGGUUCAGAUAACACUUGUUAGGGGUGAGACCAAAGCAGAGAGGCGAGUGGUGGAGGUGAUCAACAAGCUCAUGUGGCUGGCGUCCGUCUGCACCACCGUGGCAUUUAUAUCCUCAUCUUACAUAGUGGUGGGUCGGCGCUUCAAGUGGGCGGCGAUCCUGGUGACGGUCAUCGGCGGGGUGAUCAUGGCCGGUGUGCUUGGCACGAUGACAUACUAUGUGGUGAAGUCCAAGCGCACGCGGUAUAUCAGGAAGAAGGUGAAAUCGACGAGGCGGAGCGGCUCAAACUCGUGGCAGCACAACUCGGAGUCGGACUCCGAGAUAGACCGGAUAUACGCCAUCUGAAGAUGUUGUUUCCGGUGGAUGGAUUCAGAGUAUUUUUGGCAGUGACACGACACGACACGGAUGUAAAAAAGGGAUGCCACUCGCUAUAGACAGCUUGACCCUGGAGGUGCUAUGGGUUUAUUGUAUACAUUUGAAUAAGCUGUUGUGAACUGUUAUUCUCUCGUUCCUGGAUUAGCAGGAGCCAGGAGCCACGGGUCUUGUUGUAUAGUGUAUACUAGUACUUGAGAUAGAAUGGUCUUCAGAAUACGAAUGCAGCCUGUGCUGUGCUCCCUAUGCAUGGCUGGCUUUCAUCA